AGAGUUGAGGGCCAGCCAGGGCUACAUAAUUAGUUCCAGGGCAGCUUGAACUGAAUUUAUGCCGUGAGAUCCUGUCUUAAACAAACAAACAAACAACCUAUUAAUUUGGGUUGGCUUAAAAAUCUGAAUUUAAAAUGUGAAAUGGAGAAGCAAAAAGACCCAUAGGGAAGAAUCCAAAUAGAAGAGGGUCAAACUGUGCACUAGGGUGGUGGCUUCUGGAUCUUCAGAAAGUUUUGGAUGAUUUAUCAGUUUGGGAGCAGCAAAGAGGUACAGAGGAUCAGAGGUACGGACCCACCCGCUGAGAUCUCCUGAACUCACUAACUCUCCUUGAGAACUUUUAUUACCAGUAUUGGGUUUGUUUCUGACGCUUUUGCUCACAGAGCACCGAAGACAGGAAGGCAUUUUCAUGGACAACAACCAAAUCAGGGUUCACGUUUUCUGGAACAUUGCAUCUCCCUGCCCUGCCUUGGUCCCUUCCCUGAAGCACGUGUGGAUGGAACCCUGUAGAUAUGAACACACCUGCUAAUGCUAAAUACCUGUGAACUCCAUGAUCCCCUCCUGACAUUAGAAAGACCAUCAGAAAGACACAGAGUGGUGGCCUCUGAGAACGAGCUCAUUUCCUUUGGUCUUGGCCCUGCCCUUCCUGAUCAAGGUCCACAAUGGAGACCCUCUCCCAGGACUCUUUGCUGGAAUGUCAGAUCUGUUUCAAUUAUUACAGUCCUCGGCGAAGGCCCAAGUUGCUGGAUUGCAAACACACCUGCUGCUCAGUGUGCCUCCAGCAGAUGAGGACAAGCCAGAAGGAUGUGAGGUGCCCCUGGUGUCGAGGCAUCACCAAGCUGCCUCCAGGCUUCUCUGUUUCACAGCUCCCAGAUGACCCUGAGGUCCUGGCCGUGAUUGCCAUUCCGCACACUUCUGAGCACACCCCUGUUUUCAUCAAACUUCCCAGCAAUGGGUGCUACAUGCUGCCUCUGCCUAUCUCUAAGGAGCGCACAUUGCUGCCUGGAGACAUGGGCUGCCGCCUGCUGCCUGGAAGCCAGCAGAAGUCUGUCACGGUGGUGACCAUCCCUGCUGAACAGCAGCCCUUGCAAGGAGGGGCUCCCCAGGAGGUGGCGGAGGAGGAGCCAGAUAGGCGGGGUGUGGUGAAAAGCUCCACCUGGUCUGGUGUGUGCACUGUCAUCCUGGUGGCCUGCGUCUUGGUCUUCCUCCUGGGCAUCGUGCUCCACAACAUGUCUUGCAUUUCUAAGCGUUUCACUGUGAUAUCCUGUGGCUGAUGUGGGGUGCAAGGGAAUUUCUUUUGGGUGCCAACUUAGAGGUUGAGCAGGUGUUGGUGACUGGAUCCCGGUGAGAAAAUGGGGGGGGUUGGCACUGACCAUUUGGUGCCAAGUGCUGUCCUCUGGGUUGCCACUUGAUUCACCAAAAGACUGAUGCCAAGGGCGGAAGUUGCAGUCUCAACAAGAUUCCAGGAGAAUUGUUCUGAGAAUUGAUGGCAACAGCUUUGAAGAUGAUUGCAUGCAUCCUCAUACUCAUGUAUAAAAUGGGCUGUAAUUUAUGAUUUUUUCAGGAUCAUGUUACAAGAUAGACAUAUUCUACUUAGACCUUCAACUGUACACAUGCGUACAAUGUGAUCUCUUAAAGCGGUAGAUUAAAACAAAGAUGCUGUGCAUACAAGUAGAAUUAAACCUUGAAUCCAUGUGAAAAUUCAGUGAAGACAUACAGUACUGGCUUCUUUGCUUUUUGUUUUUUUUAAUGAAACCGAGUCUUCAUUUAGUUAAGGCUUUAUAUACAUUUUGAAUGGCACCCAAAUCAAAAUAAGUGAAACAGACUGUUGUUUUUUCAGAGAAAAUAUUUGAACAAGUGUCUCCAGUGUGUUGUGUUUUGUCAUGUACCUUCCUUUUUCUUCACUUGUGAUUAGAGCUUGCUACAUGUUUAUUAAAUGGAAAGCCCAACAGGGGAGCAAUAAACCGAGAAAUAAUGAGAAAUGCCUGAUCCCACAGGAAACCUGUAUGCCAAUUUUUCUCAAGCCAUCUCACAAAAUAAGAAUUUAAAAUGUAAAUAUUGUGUAUUUGUGUAUAUGUGUGUGAGUGUGUGUACUUUGAUUUACCUCAGGUUGUUGAGUCUGUUUAGGAGAAUCCUGGGAUAAGACUUUGUGGGUGUGAAUGUGUCACAGUGGUCACCUUGUGGGCACCUGUCCUUCCAGUGAGGUGCUUUUUUCCAUGUCACCUCUAGCAUUCACUCCUCUGCUUUAUGUUAAGUCCUGUAUUUUGUAAGGCACAAUGGAGAGUGAGAGAAGAGCUUGGCUUUUCUUCAGUUGAGGUAUUGUCAAAGCCAUUGAGUGGUGUUAACCAGUGGCAAACCUGCAAGGGCAUUUUAAUCAACAGUCUGUGGUUAUUUUUCAAAAACGUUGUUAUAAGAGAGUUAAACGCUUUUUGAAUUCCUGUUUCCUCUUGUUGGUACAAAGCAAGAUCUUUUGUAUUUCAAAAUAUGUUUUUAUUGAGAAAAGUGACAAGAUACAUUAACAACUCACAUUCCAAUGUAAGUGGACCAGUUCCUCAUGAAUGCUCGGCUAUUCUUAUUUUAGUACAUGUGCUGCCGAAGUGAGCACAAACUAUUCUUAAAUGUGUGAUGGUAUAUGGAUGCUCAUGAUGAAAGUCCUUCUAGCAGUAAAUGGUAAAUUCCUAUCCCUGAGCACGUAUGCAUUCAGAAGUAGAUAUGUGCUAUAUAGUUUAUUUUAAUUCCUUUUGUGGAAUUCAGGAAGCAAGUGCUAUGUGUCAAGGACUCUACUCAAAUAAAUAUAUGUUAAGUUUCAUUGAAUCCCUGAAAAUGGUGACAAAGGUGGUGGUGGUUGGGGGCAAUAAGGGAAAGAUAAGUAGCGACUAGUUAUAAAAAAGCAAGGUUAGAAAAUAGCCCCAUAAAAUUGAGACAACCUAAUUAUAAGCUAUUAUCUUUAAACAGCGGAAUUAGUGUGAAAUAAAACAACAACAACAAAAAACCCUAGAAUACAGAGCUAAGACUUAAUUGGCAUGAUAAUUCAAUUUAAAUUAUGAACUCUGUUUUUUCAAAUCUUUCAAGUUUGUCAUAAGACCUUUAGAAAAUGUAUUUGAAAGCUCAAACUAGAAAUUAGGUUAAAAUGCAAUUUUAUUGUGUAAGCUAUUGGACAUUAUACAACAAAUAACCUAAGAUUUAUUUGGUAUUAAUAAUUUAGGUAUAUUAGCUGAAUACUAUCCUCUAUUACGUAACAUAAUAUACUGUUGGGUUAGUGUCAGUUUCUCAACUCCCAGGCUGCUGCAAUGCACAUCUGACCUAAUUUCUAUGUCUCUCGGAGGAAAAAAAAUUCAGAGAAAUGUUGUAUUAAGGAUGGUGCAUUUCAGACAGACUUUACCUUUGCAAUUUUAAGCCAUGCCGUAGUCAAAUUAAUUUUGUGAAUGAUAUCUGCAUACAUUUAUGUACAGUAUGAAAUGACCGACCCUGUAGUAUAGUAUGUGAUAGAAUUCUACUUGUUUAGUAGGUUACAUAUAGACACUAAUAUGUGUGAUGAUACAGUGUCCUGUGUUUCUUAGUGCAAAGCUGUAAAGUAAAAAUGUCCACUGAACUUUUACUUAAAAACUGUCCUGUGUUAGAGCUGCCGUUAAGCAGUACAAAAUUAAUGGCUCUCUGGUAGAUUCCUGACCUUACAAUUUAAUAAUAACAGCCCAAAUCAGAAUUUUCUGUGCAAGUUUUAAUGCUGUAUGACACAUUAUUUAAAUUGUUUAUGUGAAUUCUGCUUGUAGUUUGUUGUCAGGAUGUACAUUCUUGUGUGGGGGUUGAGUAGAGGAGGGAGAGAGGGAGGGAGCUGUUUCAGCCUGCUGGAAAGAAUUUUUUACAUGCUUAAUGAUGUUUUGAUGUUAUUUGGCAUCCCAUUGCUUUGGCCUCUUCUGGCAUGUUUCCACAACACUAACAACCUAUCUCUCCCAUGUGACAAAAGGCCAGUCACACAAAUGGCCAGAAUGCAUAGUUUCAUAUGAGUGAAGUCACAAUUGAAAAAAAAAAAGCACAAGAUGUUAGAGCUGUGGGCAGCUUCUGUUGGUUUCAUUUUUGUAGAUGAGUCCAUGGAGGCCAGAGAGGAGCAUGGAAGAUUGUAAUUCUGUUGUAAAGGGGGUGGGGCCGAGAACUGUGCAUUAAUGUGCCCUCUUGUCCCUUCCUAGAUCCAUUGGCAUUUCUGUCUGGAUAGAAUUCUUUUCAGGGUUGAUGACUACCCUUUAUUAUGUCAACUAUUGCUUAAAGGGUUGUUUUGUAGAUCUUAUUUCCUUAUUUUAGUUAGCUAUCUCUCUGAGAAAUAAAUGGAGAUUGAUUUAGGGAUCAGUAUAGAUAUCUAAAGAAAACUAUCAAACCACGUGAUGUGAAUUUUUAAAAUUGAAAAGCAUUGGCCCAUCCUCUCCCCCGUAAGUUAAAGACAAUGAGUGUUAUGUAAAUAGUAAACUAUAUGAAGCAUGAAUUUUCAUCCUUAUUAAUGAUCCUGACAUAAGCCAGAGAAUCCUUAAUAUGUUAAGUAGAGCCACGUGUGGCCACCAAAAACAUUGUCUUUAGAAAAAUUCUGUAUAAUGACCUGGGGCCAUAAGUUGUGAUGAAAAUCAAAUUGGUUCUGAGUUCCAGUCAUACUUCAUGAUCAGAAAGCUCUGAUGUAUUUUCUUUAAAAAUAAAAUUAAGUUUAUUCUUGUGUAUGACUUACAGAGUGGGUCCCUUGGAGGUUCAACUGUGUGCUGGUGCAGCCCUUGAGAUUUUUUUAGAUCAGUGCUAUUCAGUAGAACUUUCUUGAAUGAUGAAAAUAUUCUAUAACCAGUACUGUCCAAUAUCAUAGUCAUAAGCUACAUUGGCUCUUAGGGAAUUAAAGUCGGGACAAUAUAGCUGAUGAGCUGGUGUCUAAAUUUUAUUUAAUUAAUUUAAUAGUCCCAUGUGGCUAAUGGCUACCAUAGUGGCUACUGGCCAAGGUGUUUGUAAUAUAACAGUGAGGCUAAGGAGAGAGCUUUUGAGCUAGGAACAUGCAGUUUGCCAAAAGAAAAAUUUCUUUCUGGGCUUACAAAGUAUGGGAUCAAGUACUACAGUAAACAUUCAGAGAUGGCCCUUUGGGGUUAUUGAUAACUUUGGACGAAGGAAUAGUUGGUGAAACUUAACAACUGCUUUAUUAAGCUCCUUUUCUGGGACCAUUAGCUGCAUGUGAACCUAUUGUUCAAAAAUAGUAGUUAGACAAUAGCUGUAAAGUGUUUGACUUGCAAGCUGUGCAUGCUCUGUACUGUGAAAUUGUGUUUAGGGUCUUCUGGCCAGACAGUACUUGUUACUGGAAAAAAAAAAGUCCAAUGAAAACCCUCUUCACUUCCAGUAUUUUACCUAAACUUCAUCGCUGCAAUAGUAAGGUGCGAAAUCUAAGAGCAAGCUUAUUUUGCGGUGUUCAGAGUGUUUUUGUCUGCCCUUGAAGUCUGCUAGCUUGUCAUUGUAUUUGGUGUGGACAUAUUGGGCAUCAUUUUUCAGAUGUCAGACUAAAAUGUAGGUACUAUUUUUAGAGUGGGAUUUGACAUUGUUUAGUAUCUCUCUUUUUAAUUUUAGUUAUCACUAAAAUAUUUGAAGCACAAAGCACUUUAAAACAUUUUUUUACAGUUAAUAAACCAUUGCCCAAUGGAAUUUAAAGAAUGGGAGGUUAUUAAGCUACAGGAACUGGUUUUUAAAUGAGUAAAGGGAAGAAGAAAAUCCAGUUUGAGACAUUUUCAUAUCAGAUUCUUAUUGUUGUCUGGUAUUUAUUCCAGUCUAGAUUUUGAUUUAGAGAUUUCUCAUUUCUUGAUUUAAAAAUCUGGACUGUGUCAAAAUUGAUUUUCAUUAUUCCCCAAAUGUAAUAUAAACCAAAUACAUUUGCUAUACAACAGAAGUGGGAUUUUUAUUCUAGAACUUGUCAGUAGGCAUGACUGUUCUUUUUAGCCUAUCUUUAAGAUUGCAGUUAAAAUUUUUUUCAAAAUGGUGGUUUUUCUUCAGACUUAAUUAGAAAUCCAAAGUUUAUUUGUAUGAGAGGAAUGGUAGGCAAAAAUACUGCAAUUUCUACCUUCCCAUAGAAAAGUGAUGCUGCCUACCAGGCGUCAUUUUGCUUCCACAUGAAAAUGUUGGUCAGUCGUUUUGUCAUCCUUGACCUAAAUGGAGAAGUUGUUCCUUGACAUUUCCAUCAUUCUCAGUAAAGCAUCAUCCACAAGGUAAUCCUUACCCAUACAGAAACUAAAGAAGAAUGAGGUCACCAAAAUAAUUCAGUGACUGCUUUGAAAGUAAUAGUCUAUUUCAAAAGCAAUGAUGCUCAGUUGCUAGAUUUUGUUCAACAUGAAAUACUUCUCAAAAAUAAGUUGAGAUUCAAUUGAUUUUUCUGACACAAUUGACUUACUAUCCAUAUACAAACAUAUGAUUUUGAUAUAAUUGAGUUUAAAGUAAAAAAUAUUAGUUAUGUUUCCCAAUUUGUAGAUUAUGUAAUAUUGGAUUUAGAGUUAAUUUCUUCACAAUUGCUAUGAGUUGCUUACAUUAUGUCCAAGCAACUACCUUUGGGAAUGUCUUUUUUAAUUAAACUCUUCAGACUUCUUAAAGAUAGGAAGAGGUGGGUUCUAUUGCAUACAGUUUGUGGGAAAGCCCUUGAUUACUGAGAAGCAUAAGCAAGUGGGGCAUUUAAUUUCUGUCUUCCAAAUAGCUUACUUUUUGGCUCUGCUCGAGGAGUAGGGGGAGUGUACAAGUAUUCUUAAAUUUCUAUAAUAUGGCUCCCAUUUUUUCUACACAGGUUUCUUUGCUCAGUCUGGCCAAUGAUCUUUUGAUUUUUCUGUAUUCACUGCCUGGGGUAUCCCACUGUGUAAAUCUCACUGAUGAUGUAGUGGUGCUUGAAAACACUCAUCUUAUUAGCUAAAUUUUAUUCUAAUCUAAUGUUUUUGAUAGUAUUCAUAUCAUGAUAUGUUUAAGGGACAAUCAAUAAUUAGAGCAAAGUAUUGAAGGUUCUCCUGUGAUGUGCAACAGGGUGUAUUUUCUUUGUUUUUGUGGAGAUGUUCCCUUCUAACUGUCUCUAUUCUUCAAGAACACUGUUCUAAAUUCAUCAUCAAAAGAUUUAGGGCUAGUGGCUCAUGGGAAAGUCUUCUGUAAUUUCCCUGAGGUGUGAGUUAUUGGAUUAUUCUAACAAAAGUUUUCCCAAAGGAUAGUUUUUAUGUUGACAUGCUUUGAGAAUCCGGAACUAGGUGGUUGGAUAUGAUGGCGGUAAGGGCGCACAAGAGGAAGAAAAAAGUUGUUGUAUCUCUAAAUAGUGAAAGCACACAGUAGCUGUUACCUUACACUGUGCUUCUGGCUGGAUUGUCUGGGAGACAAUCCAACCACUAAGUAGACCCUCUUUGGGAGAAGUAAGGACAGAGCCAGCAGUCUAUAUUGAUAAGGCAGAUAUGCCCAGAGGGGGAGAAUGUGCUUAACCAAGGACAAUCUGUAAGGGAUUAUAGCUGCAAAACAAGCCGUGUGCAUUGAGGUGAGUCAUGGCUGAAGCCAGCUGAAGAAAGCAGCACAGGGUGGCUAGGAUAACUUAGUCAAGCACAACUUGCCUUUCUCAUAUGGAAAACCAAAUUUAGUUCAGGAUUCUUAAACUGAAAGCAUAGAACUGAAAAUGUGCUCAGCUGAUGAGUGGGUUUCAGGAGGCCCCAUUUUCCUUGUUCAGCUAUACUCUUUUGAGUUGGGUUUUCAGCACUCUAGACAAUAACAGCUUGCUCUAGCUGGAAUUGAUGAUAAAUUCAGUACAAACUCUGGCAUCUAAACUAGAAUGCAAUGCCUAGUUCUGUGUCUCUAUCUUGAGUAUGUUACUACUAUUGGGAAAUUAGUUGAAUAUUUUGGUUUAUAUACUGGUUGUUGUCAUUUAUUACAUUUAUUCAUUCCACUAUUUGUUUAUGUUUGUCUCACUGUACAGUCACAGGUGUGGAGGCUGGUUUCAGCUUGGGGUGGUCACAAACUCUCAACAUAAGCCAUCUAGCUUCAGUCCAGGGUUCUUUCCAUUCUUAACAGCUCCACCAGUGGAUUCCCCAGCUCCCUGGAUAACAAAUAUUCCAGACAAAUGGCCAGAUUAAUGCUGCUCAGAGGCUGUUCGCUCAAGUCCUUGACAUGUUUCAUUUACAAUUAUGUGGAUUAUUUAUUUUAGGAGCUUUUCUUUUAAAAGGCCAAAUCACCCUACAGAUAAAUGAGCUGCUGGGCUGUGUAGAAAAUAUUGUCCAAAUGUUGCCAAAUAUUGACUUCAUAAAGGGGAUAUCAAGCUGCUGUUUAUAAAUCUGAAUGUCUUGAAAGCAUUCUAGCUUGCUCUCUCUGUUAUAGAUGGUGUCUUAGCCUGUCUUGAGUUUUUCCAAUGAACCCAAUUUUAAUAUAUGGUAUUUUUGUAUGCCAAACUGGUGUCUUGUCCUUUGUAUACGUGGUAAUGUUGAUUUUAUGACUACUGUUCAAACACAUUUGCUAUGAUUAAAAUUCAAUAUGGUUUCAAAUA